AUGACGCCCAACCGCGAUCUGAUGCGGGACGGGUCGCAGCUGCCACCGCUCGACGGGGGCGGGUCGCAGCUGCUACCGCUCGACAGGGACGGGUCGCAGCUGCCACCGCUCGACAGGGACGGGUCGCAGCUGCCACCGCUCGACGGGGGCGGGUCGCAGCUGCUACCGCUCGACAGGGACGAGUCGCAGCUGCUACCGCUCGACAGGGACGGGUCGCAGCUGCCACCGCUCGGCGGGGGCGAGUCGCAGCUGCUACCGCUCGACAGGGACGGGUCGCAGCCGCCACCGCUCGACAGGGACGAGUCGCAGCUGCUACCGCUCGACAGGGACGGGUCGCAGCUGCCACCGCUCGGCGGGGGCGAGUCGCAGCUGCCACCGCUCGACAGGGGCGGCGGCUGGACGGUGCAGUUUCUCAGCGGCUGGACUGUGCAGUUUCUCCGCCAGGACCCCGACACGGGGCGCGAGACAUGA